AUGGCAGCAGCAUCUCCAUCUGCUAGUGAGGGUGGCGACAAACGUGGGGAGGUCACAUACCGAUUCUGCGCAGAAUGUUCAAACCUACUCUAUCCCAAGGAAGAUCGAGAGAUGAAUUCCUUGACAUAUGUAUGCAAAGCGUGCACAGCUACCACGCAAACCGAGCCAGCAUGUACCUACCGACAUCAUCUUGGCGCAACAGUGACCGAGACUGCUGGCGUAACAACAGAUGUUGCGAACGAUCCUACUGUGGGUGAAACUUCUCUUGAAGUCUACUUCUGCACGAUGUGCGGUGAUGCUCUGAGGUGUGAAAUCUGUGGGAUUUCCGUGGUGCAGGAAGAUUCGAGUCCAGAGGAUCCAUCAGAUGAUAGGGGAAGCAGGGAUUCCGUCUCAUAA